GGAGGGGUUUAUCAGCAUUCAGCGUUGCUUUGCUGGCACUGUUACACACUUUACUUCACUCUCGUCUCUCGGUCUUAAAUAGUGUUCAUUUACCUAGUCACCUGUUCUAUCGAGCAACAAUGGAGUUUACGACGGUGUUCAAAGGAUUCCACGGUUUCGUGAAGUAAUUGUUCGUGAUCAGAAGUUUCAACUCUGUUAUUAUCUUACCAACUCUUCCGUGUUUUCACCGUGACGGCGUUCGAUUUUUACCACGAGAAAUUCGUUCUUCGCUUUGGACACGCUUUCGGUGAACAGUUAUCGUUAGUUUUGUGUUCCGCGCGAAAGUUAUCGGUGGUCAUCUUUGUUGUGUUACAGUUUCUUAUAUAUAAUAUUUCUAAACGUUAUACACGAAUAGCGAAAAAUUUCGUUAAAAUAGAGCUCUACAAUGCCACCAGAUUUUCGCAGAUAUCGCUUUGGCCACGAUAACGCGUUGAUACCGAUAUCUUAAUUGUGUGUGCGCCAGUACAGUAUUGUCUCCGGGGAGGUUUCGUGUCAUUUUAACACAGUUUAUAUCAUAUUUAUCAUGGAAGCCGAUGACUUGUUGCUGUAUUUUGCCAUAGCAUGCGGGAUUGCUGGCGGUGCUCUGUUGUUGCUCUUCAUUCUAGUGUGUGUACUGUUUGUCAAAGUGAGACGAUUAUCAACAGAUGGGUCCAAUCAAUUGAACAGACAAACCAAUAUGAUGGCAGACUUUUGUUACACGAAUCCCACGAUUGUGCCAGGAGAAUUGCUAUCACGGCGUGGAUUCUCGAUGUACAGCGGUUCCGAUAACUUUAACGAUGAUUUCGGAACGAAGAAAGAUUAUCAUUAUGGUUCUUACCACGAGGCACGAUCAAAGUUCUGACAAUGAACCAUAAGCUUCAAUGAAACAUCUAACGAAUUAAGAGAUCGAGAAAUUUGGUAUAAUUAAUGAAUUAUACUCUAUAUCCGUUCGUAAAGUAUAAGACUCACGUGAAGUGAAUUGUCAUUUGCCAUAAAAUUUGUUUAUAUACGCAUAUAUAUAUAUUCAUUUAUACAUAAUUUCGUUAUAACUUUUGUUAUCGAACGAUCAAAGUGGAAGUAAAAACGUAUUAAGUAAAUUAAUGAGUAAUGAAAAAUAAAUUCUAUUUAGGAUUACUUUAUCUGUAGAUGAUAAGGUCUGGCAAAAAAAUCAACUAUCUAGAAAUAGUACAGUCAGUUACCGAUAGAUUACGCUAUAUGCAUUAGUCACUCAGGGAAAUAGCUCGUAACAGUGGUCAUUAAAAAUGAGAAUAAAAAUAAACGUGGUAAAUGAGGUAAAUAUUGUAUGCAAGUAAUUUGCAUAACCUAAACGCAGUAAUUACUAAAAUUUGU